AUGAACGGGCUCAUUUUAUUUGUUGUGUUGCCGAUGGCAGGCAUCCCUCUUAUCUCUUUAGCAGCAGCGUGGAUUCAACACUUCGUUACCAAGUUCCACGUAUGGAUGAUCGUCCGAACCACCAAUGCCCUUAGAAAGGAUAUCGAAACGUAUCAGAGCAAAGUCAUUCUCUGGAACAAAGAAAUGGCCGGGCUCGAAGAGCAGAUGGAUGCGGAAGAGGCAGAAUUACCGGCGUGGCAAAGCCGGUUUUACAUGAUUCUACGAGACACGCCAACCUCGGAACAAGCCAAGGCUGUACAUGGUGAGACAGAAAGGUUGCUAGAUAAGAUACGUGGGAUACGACAGAAAUUCACUUUUUUAUUGAAGGACCGAGAUUCUCUUAGUGCGAUUCAUAUAAAGCAGAUUGAUAGGCUGGGAGACCUUAAGAAGACGCUCGAGCAAUGGCGCGAUUGA